UUGAACGCACUAUAAUGUUACAAAACAUUACAUAACAUUGUGUUUCUUGUUUUGCUAAGGUGCCUGCAACCAGAUGUGUCCCCUCAUUGAUCAGAAGCUUGAGAACACUGACAGGAAGCAUUCGGAGUUGUCAGAGCUGAAUGUGAAGUUGAUGGAGGCUCUGUCUCUUUAUGCUAAGCUUAUGAAUGAGGACUAUGCCAUGUACACCAAGCUGCAGACCCAGCAGUAUUACAUGCAUCAAUCUGCCAACACAGCACAACCGGUGUACCCGGGGCAGACUGGAGGGUCCUAUGGGAUGAGCGGUCCAGGAGGGGUACAGCAGGGAUACAGUGUUUCUCUGGAGCAGCUACAGACUGGCCAGCCAGCACCCAGUGAUGUCCACAUGUACAUGGGCCAGCCUCCAGUCUACAGUCCAGCUGCAGAGGGCAUGUCCUACCAGCCUCCAGCCAAUCAGCCGUCCAGCUACAACUCCACCCCCAACCCUGGCCUGAGCCUUCCACCCCCUCCUGACACACAGCAGCACCCGUACCCCGAGAAGGCUCUUCUAUAGAACACACUACACUACACACAGCAGCACCCGUACCCCGAGAAGGCUCUUCUAUAGAACACACUACACUACACACAGCAGCACCCGUACCCCGAGAAGGCUCUUCUAUAGAACACACUACACUACACACAGCAGCACCCGUACCCGAGAAGGCUCUUCUAUAGAACACACUACACUACACACAGCAGCACCCGUACCCCGAGAAGGCUCUUCUAUAGAACACACUACACUACACACAGCAGCACCCGUACCCCGAGAAGGCUCUUCUAUAGAACACACUACACUACACACAGCAGCACCCGUACCCCGAGAAGGCUCUUCUAUAGAACACACUACACUACACACAGCAGCACCCGUACCCCGAGAAGGCUCUUCUAUAGAACA